AUGGCUGAUUAUUUCUCUUCAGGGGCGACGGCCAGUGCUGCAGCAAGAGCUGAUGCUCUAAGAGGGCCGCUGCCCAUGCAGAUCGAUCCAGGCCCCCAAAUGGCCAAGGACGGCGACUCGCCGAGAAAGAUCGAGUCCUCCUUCAAUCUGGAGUACGAGGGCGGCGGCGGCUCAAAAGGUCGAGGCCGUGGACGCAAGUCUGGAAGGACUCCGAAGGCGUCCGCUGCCGCUGCGGAGUUCCAGCCGCCGUUUGGAUAUGGGUAUCCGCCCAUGCCGCUGCCCUUCCCGCAAGCCGCCUUUGGCGCCCCGCCCUUGCCCCUGCCGCCCCAGCAGUACGCAGCGCUCAUGCAGGGGCAGAUGAACCAGAUGAAUCAGAUGAACAUGUACUUUGGGCAAGGCAUGACCAUCCCCCCGAUGUAUCCGCCAGUGCCCCCCGUGGUGGAGCCCACAGGAGCUCCAAAGAACGCAAAGCCCAGAAGAACCGACAUGGCAGGAGGGAAGGCAGGACCUCGGGAAGCCAAAGGGAAGCGACGAGCCAAGGGGAAGAAUGCCAAGGAGGAGCCCGCAGCAGCCCUCGAAGAUGAUGAGACCUUAAGCGCACAGCUUAACCAGGUGAGAAGGCAGCUGAGAGAUGUGCCUCUAGACGAGAUACUUCAGGAGAACCUGGUGUCGGAAUUCGCAAAGGACCAAUACGGCACCCGGUACCUCCAAUCGAAACUUGACGAGGCUCGAGAGGAGAGCAAGCAACUGGUUUAUAGUGCCAUCCGAGAAGAGGCACCCGACCUGGCGCGGGAUCCGUAUGGCAACCACCUCGUGCAGAAGGUCUUUGACUCGGCAGAUGCUCAGCAAAAGAAGGCCAUGGUUGCUGCCCUGCAGGGCCAUGUGGCCAAGCUCAGCCAGGACCAGUGCGGUUGCCGGGUGAUCCAGAAGGCGAUCAACGCGGUGUCCAAGGAGUCACAGCAGCAGAUCUCCCGGGAGUUGGAGGAUCACGUGGACGAUUGUAUCCGGAACAUGCAUGGCAACCACGUGAUCCAAAAGUGCAUCGAGCAGAUGCCUCCCGACUCGGUGAACUUCAUCAUCCGAGCGGUGGAGCAGCGAGCAGAAGAGACCGCGCGACACGUGUAUGGUUGCCGCGUGAUCCAACGGCUCCUUGAGCACUGCGUCUCUGAGCAACUGAAGCCUAUGCUCGAGCAGAUCCUGCAAAACGUGGCAGUCCUGGCGAAGGAUGCAUAUGGGAACUAUGUGGUUCAGCACAUGCUUGAGCAUGGCCGCAAGGAAGACAAACAACGCAUCAUCCAGACCAUCCGGCAGAACAUUGCCGACUUCUCCAGAGAGAAGUACUCGAGCAAUGUGGUGGAGAAGUGCUUUGAGAUCGCCACAGUGGGCGAGCAUGCAGAUAGCGAGAUCAUUCAGCAGGAGCGAGCAGCUCUCUUGCAGACCGUCCUAGAAGUGCCGGAAGUGCUCUACGCCAUGUGUACCAACACCUACGGCAAUUACGUGGUGGUCGAGCUGGACGGACGUGAUCCGGUCGGAGGGCUUUUUCCUUUGCGGAAAGAACAUGUCGUGGCUUCUUUGCGCCUGAGGCAGUUGGCGUUCCGCACGGCGCGAGCUAGCUGCACUGCCAGCGGCGCAGUGGGUCUUACGGUCUUUGGGCUGGUGGUGUGCCCGUACGUAUGGCGGCGCGCACCGCUGAGCGACGCCGAAAGUGAAGCGUUGGAUGAGGACCUGAUGCAGAUCACCGCGCUGGAUAGGGGCGACAAGCUCUCUGCUGCAGAGAUCUGGGCUGCUGUCGCGGAACUGCGGGUGCCACCCUUUUCCUUUCACGACUUGCAGCGUCCGCUGUGCUUCGGACUCUUUCAACUCGUGGGACGCUUCACCUUCGCCUGCUACUCCGAUGCCUCCGGGGUGAUGACGCUUCAAGAGUUCCACUGUGCGGUGCAUAAGAUGGUCGACCUGGCCUUGGAAAUUCACAGCCACGUGGUCGUGGCGAUCGGCGCGGGCCAUGCCAGGAGCUCGCCCGUGGCCCGGGCGAAAGCCGUCCGAGAGCUCAGCUCCUUGAUGGUCCCUGGUCUUUUCCGGGUCCUGGACUUUGAUGCGUCGGGCGACAUCGGAACUCAUGAGUUCCUCCGUGGGGCGCUUUUGCUCCUGGCCACGGUACAAGGCGCCCCACUCGACACUCCCCAGCUGGCAGAGCUGGCGUUCCGCCUGGCGGACAGCGAUGGGGACGGCUACGUCACGGCGCUGGAGCUGGGACGAUGGGUGGCUCGCGCGGUAGAGCACGGAGUGCUGGAGCCCGAACUGCAGAUGGAACCGCGAGGGCCCUUUGGGCUCUUCGGGGAGCGGCGCUUGGAGCCCGCGCAGCUGGCGGCGAAGUGGUUGCGGGAAGCGGACUUGGACCGCGAUGGCAAGCUGCUGCCCGACGAGUUUCGCGUCUUGGCGCCCCGACUGCGCCUGCACCGCGUGAUCUCCAGCAUGGUGCAGCGGAUUAUGGAGCAUGCCCGUGGGGAUGCUGAGCUCCAGAGGCUCUACCAGGCCAUUCGAAGCGUGGAACACCAGAUCAUGACGAGGGAUGCGCCUCCCGGCGCCAAGGAGGACCUGCGAGAAGUCUUCAAGCAUAUCCAAAACUACAUAUCAAAGAUGAACAUGUCUUAG